CAUAGCCGGAAGCGGAAGCCUGCGCUGCUUGGUUAACGCAUGCGCAGUGAGGUGGAUAGCCUAAUGCUGCGCACAGACGGGCAAGUUUGAAAGGUUUUUGGGGGGAGAGGGCUGAGUACUGAGUGUUGGUGGGUUGUCACCUCACACUGUUGGUUUUGGGGUGCCAUCCAGUUGAGGUGAGUGUGAGGCACAGAGCCCACCUGGGGGUCCCCUUUCCCAGGUAUGUGUUAGACUGGUGGGCCCCCCAUGGCUGCCUAUCACUGCUGUGUCCCUUUCUGUAACAGUGAUGCCAGGUACAAUGCAGACAAGAAGAUCUCCUUCCAUAGAAUCCCAGCCCUCCAUGUGGAGCCGCAGAGACACCGUGCCUGGCUGACCCGCAUACGCCGAGAGCCGGGACCCAACUUCAAGAUAUCCAGUUGCACCCGGGUGUGUUCUAAACAUUUUCUUCCGACGGACUUUGUGAAGACAUUGACGGGUAAAAGGAAUCUCAAGCCCUAUAGCGUGCCGUGUAUAUUUCAGUGGACAACAAAUGCGCAAACAGAGGAACAGAUGUCUGUUUUAAAGAAGAACUCUGGGUCUGCAAAAAAUACGCUUCAGCCUAUUUUGCCUUUACAACCCGCAGUGCAGAAUAGCAAGCCAUCCCAGCCGGCGGAUAUAACCACGUCCAUUCUGGAUCACUGUUAUGACCUUCCCCCGAUGACGGACACAGAAAUGCUGCACGCGGCUCGAGAAGAGAUCGCAAGGUUGCAGCAACGCAAUGCCGCUUUGGAGAAAAACACGUUCUUCCUAGAGCGGUUUUCCACAGACUCGAGCCUUAUUAACUUUUACACCGGCUUCAAAGAUUAUUCCACCUUCAAAGUUGUGUUUUCAACAUUGACUGAAACAGAAGGCAGUUCGGAGAAAUGGAAGCAAUGCCAACAGGAAGGAAACGCAAGUUUCAACAAGCAUUCUGUAACGGAAUAUGAGGCCAUGCCACAGAUUGACCAGUUCUUCUUGUUUUUAUGUAAAGUUCGGCAAGGAUUCCACGAUAAAGACUUAGCUGUGCGCUUUAACAUAUCACAAAACAGGGUCACUAGGAUUGUCAUCACAUGGGCUCACUAUUUAUACCUUGUCCUUGGAGAAAUACCACUUUGGCGUAGCCGGGAAACCGAUUGCCAAGAUGUGCCGGAGUGCUUCAAAGCUUCCUACCCUCGUGCCCGGGUGACCUUACAUUGUGCUGAAAUUAAAGUGCAGACAAGUAAUACGGACAACACAAGUUCUCAGAUAUGCUACAGUCAUGCGUCUUACAAGGGUAUGCUUGGCAUAGCACCCCAUGGAGCUGUGAUAUUUAUAAGUCCCCUGUAUUCUGGCUGUGCAUCAACAAGGGACAUCGCAAAGUCAUCUGGGAUCUUGGAUUUGUUGGAACCUGGCGACAGGGUUAUCGCAGAUAAAGAUUUUGGUAUACAGGACCUGGUGGAAUCUGUUGGCGCAUUUGCAGUCGUGCCCCCAAUUAUAACGGCCGCCCUGCCUCGUGAGUCCUGUGAAGCUACAGUCCUGUUAAGUCAACCUUCAGAAGAUCAAAAUACCAUGUACAUCUUGGCAUCAUCCGGUGAGCAAGGUCAAGAAACCUUAGUAGUGGCAACCUCCACGGGCGUAGAGGAUGCAGUUGUGGAAUUAGACCAGUCGGGGGGUGAGGAAGAGAUGGUAGAGGUUAUAACUGAAGAAAAAGUCGUAGAAGAAGUGGUGACCACGUCUGACCAUGUAAUUGAGAUUGCCGAUGACGAGGAUACCAAAAUGGAGACAAAGGAGGCCCCAAACACACCCAGCAGUAAUAAUAUAAAAGAAAAGCAUGAGAUUCAAGAACAGGUGGUCACCUCUACUCCACAUUCUGAAAAGCGCAUCGAAGAACCCACAGGGCGAAGCACUGAUAUAAAUUCCCUCGCUCGUCUAAGAAUUUGCAUCAAUCAAGAUAUUGACCGAGUUCGUCAGUAUCAUCUCUUUGAUAACGUUUUGCCAUUUGCCUUGGCAGGCAUAACUAAUCAGCUCUGGGCAGUGUGCGCUAUGCUGACCAACAUCAAUGGGUCACUGAGCUAGAGCGGACAAAAAAAGGUCUUCUACUGGGCUUUGCAUUUGCUACAGUGAUAAUAAUGUUUUUGUUUGCGUAUGUUGCUACCAUUGGAACAAUCGGCCUACGUCAAGGGGAAUAAAUGCUUACAAGCUUUAGAUAGACACCGCCAUUCUCAGAAUUCUAGCAUUCGGCCAGGAAAUGUUGGGCUGCAUUCGCACGGGCAUCUAGCCAAGGUGCAAAUCCCAGCGGCACGAAUAUCUGUGGCCAUCGACAGCCUUUCAUUGCUGUAUGCAUGCAGCUGUCUAUCCUGACGGCAGGAAUCAUUGGCUUCUUGCCGCUGAUAUUUGCACCGUAGCUACACGGCUAUGCAAAUGCAGCCUUAAGCGCUCUUUUAGCACCACUGUGAUUCGUACUCGCGAUCAGAUUUUCCGACAAAAAAUAUGUGAUGGACGUCUUUUGUCGGAAAAUCCGACCAUUUGUAUGCUCCAUCG